AUGUUUAAACGCACUACCAAGGAUAUGAAUUUUCCUCCAAGCAAAAAACAACGUCUCUCUUCGUCCAAAUCAUCUGAAAAGGAAAAUCAAAAUUUGUCUGUGGACGAAGAUAGCGGUCUGGGUCCCGAAAUUGACAAUGAAAGUAGCAGCGAUGAAGCAGCGACCAGCUUCGGCUCACAAAAUUCACAUUUCGCUUCUCAAAAAACAAAUAUCAACAGCAAAACACCAGAUUUUGAUAGAGAUUCACAAUCAUCAGAAUUUGUCACUCAACGUCGUACCCGCUCUCUUAGCUUACAGGACACCAGCACAAUGAAAAAAUUAGUUACUCAUCAACCUAAUGCUGUUUUUGAUAAAUCUCCAAGAAAGCUUUCAUUGCGUCCAAAGAAGAUUCGCCAGUCUUCAACACCGGAUAUCGUAUUGUUUUUUGAAGAUGCUGCAGAUGACCAAUUGGUAAUGUCGCCGCAACAUGAUGAGCAUUCAUCAAUGGAGGUUGAUGAAGCAAUCGAUAUAUUUUCACAAUUUUCGGCUACUCAAGCGUCUAAGGAUAAUUUUAAUAUAAAUACAAUACUUGAGACUCUUGAAUCUCCACUAAAAAAUGGAGAUCUUUCGAAAGCUUCACCUGUGAAGAUUCAGUCUCAACAUCUUGAAAACGGCAACGAAAUUCUGCUUACUGAUUCUUCAGUAUCUACAAGCCAAACCAAUGCCCAGGCUACGGAAGAAGAAACAGAAAAAGAAGGAGCAGAGCUCACACAAGAUUCUUUGUCAAAAAAUUCUACGAAUGAUCAUGCUGAUUUAUUUAAUGCUGAAUUUAAUCAAGAGAAUGCAGAAUUUGAGGAUGAAUCCGUUCCUUCUGCAUCUUCUCAAGAGUCCUCAACCGCUGAAAUGCCAGAGAUAAAAAAGAAACGACGCAGAAAUGGUACCCAUUUUACUCACAUCAAGAAACACACAACACAAGUGAUUGACAGUAAUCUGGUUGUUGAUAAUUACAAGCCAGGGUUCAAUAAUGACCGGGAAUUAAUUGUUAAUAAUAUUACCAUGCCCAAGGAUUUUUUAAGCCGUCUCUUUAGAAAAAUGAGUAAAAUUGAGCUAACGAAAAAAAUAAUAAUUCAUUAUUAUGGACGUGAUCGAAUGCCCAAGAUUGCAUUGAAAGAGCCAACACGCAAGUAUCCUGGUAAAAUUUACCCGAGUCUUCUCGUCAAUGACAGUCAAGUUCAGGACAUAAUGGAUUUGUAUGAAUAUUAUGGUCCACAAGUGGGUUUGACGGGUCCUCCUCUACCAUUCAAAAAAGUACGACAAAUUAUUGGAACUUUAUGUUCUCAAAUUAGAAAUUUCUACUGA